CAAUCUACUGAGUUGUUUUACCAAUCUACUGAGUUCUUUUACCAAUCUAAUGAUUCCUUUUUACCAAUCCACUGAGUUGUUUUACCAAUCUACCGAGAUGUUUUCCCAACUUAAUGAGUUGUUUUACCAAUCUACUGAGUUGUUUUACCAAUCUAAUGAGUUGUUUUACCAAUCUUCUGAGUUGUUUUAAUUAUCUUCUGAGUUGUUUUACCAAUCUACUGAGUUGUUUCACAAUAUACUGAGUUACUUCUCCAAAUCAAAAUUUGUUGUUUCACCAAUAUAAAAAGUUUAUCCACCAAUCUAUAGAAAAUUGUUCACGAAUCUGCUGUUUUGUUUAGAUCACAAUUUGUUUUCCCCAAUAAACUUAAGUGGCCGAGGUUUAACAUGGCAAUGCUUAACUGUUGACUUGAGUUUAACAUAUUCAACAUUGUAAAUGAGUUUGACAUAAUCAAGGGUUCUCAAGUAACUAGAGUUAAACCAAGGCAGUCCUGGAUGUUAAAAGUUAACAAUUUGUGUAGUCUGAUCAAACAUAAGAAAACAGAAUGUUGACAACAGGAACUCAUUAGAAAUGUACUAUUAUGUUGCGAAGCUAUCUGAUGCUGUCUGACGUAAGGUGUUCUCAAUUGAGUCAUGUACUAAACCAUGUCACACUUUACGCAAUGUUCAAAGCAUUUUAUUUGCCCUCUGGCAAGGGGGGGGGGGGGGAAUAACGGCCAAGCGCUGGUCAACCAUUGUUAACCGGUGACUUGUGACGUCAUCCCAUUCAAUGUCCUUAUUUCGAACCGUUACAGAUCUGUUGACAUCUAACAACACGUCACUAACAUGUACAUCCUGUGACGGACAUGCUACCAACACCUUUCAGUAGGCACGCCCAGAUGCCUCUGAUCGGAACACUAUAUUUACACCCAGGACAGCGUAGAUUGCACUCACACUCUGGUUUACACCCAGGACAGCGUAGAUUACACUCACACUCUGGUUUUCUCCCGGACAACGUGGAUACCACUCUGACACUAGGAUUUACAACCGCCUUGAUCACGUGACUUCAUACAAAGCACCGCAAUGUCUUCAGCUCUAUUCUAUGUUCUGACUUGUCUCCUGGGAGCAGUAAUGGUGAGCUGGCAUUCAAUGUAAAGAUGUUAGUUUUUUUGAGAGCGAUAAAAAUGAUAAAAACUUCAAGGGUAAACUAAUUCUAAAAAUAGAAUUAUUCGAGCCAGCUCUUAGAUGAAGUGUAUUAAAAAAGAACAUUUCAUUAUGUAAUUUAUUGAUAUCUAAAGCUUUGAUAUUGCAUACAUUACACUUGAGACAGUUUAUAAUUGACACAUUUAUGUAUGUGAUACGGGCGAUUAUUUAUGAGGCAUUUAUGUAAGUGGAAUUUAUAUAGGCGAUAUUUAUAUAUGAUAUGUUUAAUUAAAGGAGAUAUUUGUAAUGAAAUAAUUAGCUUAGUAGCCCUGCGAAGUGGGGCUACAGCUUAUGUCGUAAGUAAAUUCAUUACACUAUAAAGCCUACUACGUCACCAUUGAUUAUUUUGUCUAUAUAUAUAAACAGUUCGGCCAUACAAGAGAUAUGGAAGCAUAUGGAAUGACUGGUGGAACAGAAUGUUAGUGAACUGAAAAGGUUAUGUCCCUUCAUUAAAAAAGAAUGCAGCCUAUGGACGUGCCACAAUGAACGUUGUGCUAAUAUAUCAACCAAAGUCUACAAUUAUCUAUUUAAGUUUAUGAAACUUAAUUUAAGUUUGGAAAUAAUAUAAACUUCAACAUGUCUUUAACUGUUUAAAGAGGCAAUUUUUGAUCUAGGACACGUUUAAAAACAAUUUUCCCAUGAUCUGUUCCAGGCUGUCCCUGGAAACUUCUGUAGAUCAUCAGCCCAAUGUGGACGUAACGAAUGUUGUGCUACUAGUUUACUGAUUGCUAGCAAGAGAGCGGACUCCUUCAAGUCUGCUGUUCCCGUGGAUGACUCUGCAAGGGUGUUUGGUGAGCUAAUUCGAAGGAUGAUACAUAGAACAGCUGUCUUGUGCUGUUUUCCUGUCAUAGAACAGAUGUCUUGUGUUGUUGCUGUUGUCCUGUCAUAGAAUAGAUGUCUUGUGCCGCAGGUGUUAUCCUUUCAUGGAACAGAUGUCUUGUGCUUUUGAUGAUGUCCUGUCAUAGAAUAGAUGUCCUGUGCUGUUGCCGCUGUCUUGUCUGCUUCUAUGGCAAGGCGAGUGGGGCACCAAGAGGAAUGUGGCAUUACGGGUAAAGGGGCAUCACUGGGCCGUGUAGUGUGCAGGCUAUAUCUCAAAUCUUGUCUAGUUUCUUGACAAGAUUGUGUCAACUAUAAGCUUCUGGACCUGCAAUAAUCUUAGUAAUUCCGUUUUGCAAAUAUCUAUAUUAAUGCCUUUUAAGACUUAUGGUGAUCUAUUUUUGUGAGAAUUAACAUUUUAAGACCACCCAGAUCACGAAUAUUGUCUAAACUACGAAUUAGUUCGUAUAUUUUAUGCAUUUUAGAAUUUAGUUUGAAUUUUUAAUUUUAGAAAAAAAUUAUUUUAGAUAAAAUUCAUAAAAUAGUUCCUUUAUUGUUACUUGUAUCGUAUUUGUAACUCAUAAUAAUAAUACUGAAACGUUCAAUAAAAUAGAAGAGGAUCAAUUUUAAUUUUUGCGCAUUUAAAUUUAUUGUAUUUCCGCAUAUUAAUAGAAAUUAACUAUCAUUGUUUUUAAGAAUCAAAACGUCUUUAAAUAAUUUCGUCUCUUUGACGUUACGGUCAGCCUAGCUCAUUCUUAAUUAUAUAAAUGUUAGGUGUUGCAAAUAUCUAUAUUAAUGCUAUUAAAAGACUAAUGGUGAUCUAUAUUUCUUGGAAUUGACUUGGAGUUGCAGCAUCCUGACUGUGUUCAGUGUGUCAAUUAUUGAGUUGCCUAUACAGACUCUCUACUUUAAGAAUUCCUAGAUAAUAAAUAUUAUCUGAACAACAUAUUUGUCCGUAAAUUUUAAUUAGCCUAGAAUUUAUUUUAAAUUUUUAAAUUUAGAAUUUAAGAAAGUUUAUAUUGAAUAUUUUAUAAGUGGCUAUUUGGAGAAAAUAAAUAUAUUAACUUCUUAGCCAUAUAAUUAAACAUAUGAAUGCUUCCACACAGAGAAAACAGAUUAUUGAUCGUGUAUAAUUUUUUUUUAAAUCCUCCUAAAUCAUCGUCCAGGUGGCACAUGUCAAACUUACCUGUCUGAAGGUGCACGGUGCUCCUCUCUAACCAACGGGUGCGGGUGUGGUGCAGGACUCGUCUGCCAACAGAACAGCAACAUUAUGUCCAGACAAGCGGGUGACCAGGCUAGGAUUGUCGCCCCUGACACAGGAAAAGGCAUUUUCUAUACGUGCACUCGUCAGCGAUUCUACCAAGGAUAGACCUGUGGUCCACCCCUCGUGUGAUGUUGACAUUGACCUCUUGGCCAUCCCUCGCGUGGUGUUGACUUCAUCACAAUCCUACCUCUCAUACAAUUUAUUCAUUUAUUGUAUCUAACAUUUACUCUGUCUCAUAGACUCAUUCACACACAAACUCACGCCCUCACAGACUCGCCCUUUCACAGACUCAAUCCUUCACCCCUUUAAGCUUCUGGCGUAUUCAUUCUAUCUCUAUUUGUCUUUUGUUUCGAUUUCUCCCAUCAAUGCUAUACCAAAACUGUAGAG